UGAGGGUAACUGUACUCUCUUCCACUACUACCCCAAAACACAGUGUCUGAUUGGAUCAGCUUGGACUCCUUAGUUUCUCUGAAGGGUUCUGAGGCUUGUGCGUGACCUCUCACCCAGGAAAACUUCACUGCUGAGGGCCUCUGUUUGACUACUGGAGCCAACACCACAGAGACAUAGAGAAGAAUGGACAGAGAGGGAGGGAAGUAGAACUAACAAUCAUCUCUGAGUGUGUGGGAGACAGAAAUGCAGAGAAUCUUCAUGGAUGGAAUCUCAAACCUGUAGAUAUACAAGUGAGAGGCUGUUGGUAUCUGGAGACCCAAACAUGAAAAGAUUGCAGUUCAACCACUCUUGACGUUUCUACUGGGGCAGACAAACACCUUUCCUACCAGGCCUGUGCUGCUGUCGAAGGCUUUUGUAACGAUUUUGACCAGUGGUUGAACUCUCCAAAAAGGAUUACUGGUAUUCUUAAACUAUCACUUUUUACCACAUACUACACUUGGAAUAAUUAAACUCGCGCUGGACCCAUUCCCCAGUGAGGAGAAACACACAACAGGCUCCACAAUGGCCACCGAACAGUUGAGCCAGAAUGGUGGUGCGAGGGACGUGAUCCCAGAGGAUGGCAGUGACAGGGGAAGAAACUAUGGCGAUGCGGGGAAGUUGGCUGGAGCCCGGGGCAGGACAGAGUGGAGAAGACUAAACCUGCCUAAAAGGAGUAAGAGUUUAGACUGGAGAGGAGGGGAGGCUAGCCCUGGCGAGUGGCGCAGAACUGGGGUGCUGAGGUUUUCUGGGAACCUAGGGGGGUCCACACUUAAACGAGCAGAGAGUUUGGAGAGUAGGGGGGCAGGAGAGAGCAAAGUGUUGUCCAGGGUUAAGGCCUUUAACUCAGCUGGACCAGGGGAGAUGAUGAGCCCCGUUGGGGGGUCAGGGUCAGGGUGUUCCCCUGGUGAAAGGGUGUCCCCUGUGGGUCUAGGGUGUGUGGUUCUGGCUUUGGAGAGGGCCAGUGGGGGCCAGUCCCUCCCCACCAGGCUGAGGUCUAGUCCUGGGUCUGGAAUCAGAGAACCAGCCAGUGGAUCUGUUGGAUCCUCCAGGGGUCAGAGUAUCUGGGACCGGAUACAGAAGCUCUAUGGGACUACUGGACCUGAUGAAGCUGCUAACAGAGAUAAGGGUGUGAAGGACUCAAACAGAACCAAGCGUCUCUCAGCACCGGUAGGAGACUGGUCUCUGUUGGAGGGGGAUUGGGGAGAUACAGCAACCAAUCGCAGGAAGUCUACCACAGAUUCUGCCUCCCCCUUCCCCUCCCCGCUUUCCUCCCCCCUCAGUGGAUUAUCCAGGGGGGAGAGGAACGGCCUGCUCACACACACACCCCUGGUUGAACAGAACACCACACACACAACACACACACCCCUGGUUGAACAUAAUACCACACUCACCACACACACACGGCAGAGAGAUCAGAGUAGUGCAGUCAAGGUGUCUGGUUUGAGUCCCUCAGUGUCUCCAGUGUCAGGGUGGACCACCCCCAUACCCUCACACACACCCUUAGUGGAGGGAUCAUCAGUGUUCAUGAGGGACCCCUCUCUAUCCCCUCCAUUAGGAGGAAAAAAGGAGAGAGGAAAUAUGGUGUUGACAAACACUGUGGACAAAAAGAGUGGAAGUCGUGAAGACAGUGAAAAGGAGACAGUAAGGAUGGGGAACACGGCUCAGGAAAAAGAGAAACGGACUGAUGUUGAAGGAAAAAGACACGAGAAAAAGGAGGCGGAGAAGCGAGGGAGGGAAAACGCUGAAGUCUCUCUCCCCCAGCACAGCCAAUCAGUGACACGCACCAGGGAUUCUCAGCCUAUCACAACGCCCGGAGUAGGGGUCACCACGGGGUCAAACUCCCGCCUGACCAAUCAGCUUAAUGGGAAAACUGACACAUAUGACAGGAGCAAGACCCCUGCUAGAGACGUGACCAGGGAAGGGAGCCUGUCAGAAGAUGUGUUUGAAGCCAACACCCCAGAGAGGAUAAAUUUACAGAACACUGAAAAUACCAAGUUACCUGGGAAACUGGUAGCGCCCUCUACAGCCAGUGUGAGGAAUAAGAUCCACCAGUUUGAAGCUCUGACACAGACAUCUCAGGUCCCAGUGCCCAACUACCUGAAGCCCAGACGGGCUUUCUCUGUCCCGGAGCAGCUCAGUGAGGCUAGAGAGGCGGUCAGGAAGAGUGGGUCGGAUAGACAGGGAGUGGGGGAGAAUGCUGUUGGCUCUGGGACAUUUUCCAACCUCAAGGGUAAACUAGACAUCCCUCUGAAUGGCAAAACCACCAGAGACACUCUGAGAGACUUUUCAAUUGAUGAGCCAGACCUCCCCAAACACACAGUCACACCCCAGGACUGGAGUAGGAGAGGCACCAACACAAAGACUACUACAGUCACUGCCAAGGAUACUUCAUCCUCCCAGCUGUCUAACUGUAAUAACAACUCCAAUGAGGUUCUAGGGGCCCCUGACCGGUCUAGGAGGCUUCACAGUAGAGACUCACCUAACCUGCCAUCUCCAGUGAGCGAUGACGACAAGACACCCACCAACACCCCCCAGAACUCCCCCUUCCACCCCCAGAACACCUCCCCACACCUCCCAACUACUUCACUGCAGCCGAAACACCAACAGGGUGUAGAUUCAGGCCUGGCUGCCCUAAAGCAGCCUCCAGUCUCUACACACACAGCCCAGGGUAGGGUCACUACUGACCCUGAUAUCCCAGUCUCACAUUCUGGCCUGGGGAGGGAUUCCCUGUCUCUCCCCUUGUCCCUUCCCCUCCUCCCCACUCUGGCUCGAUGGAACUCAGAGGAGGGAGGAUGGAGUGAUGAGGAGGAUACUGAUGAUGAAGGUACGGAGAAGGACGAGGACUCCAACUACGACUCAGACUCUGCUGAAUCCUCAGUGACCAUCACCAGUACCAUGAGCCAAUCACAUCGCAGGAGCUUUUCUCUCAGUCUGGCAGAGCUGUGUAACUUCGGAGAGGUGGACUAUGAUCCCCAGUCUUCCUCUGACAGUGAGGAGUGGCUGUCCAGCCGGUCAGCCAGCCUGUCGUCUGACGUGUCGGCCCUAUCCUGUGUGUCUGUCCUGGGCAGUGAUGAGCUGGACCGCCUGCUGGACGACGUAAAGGGCCUGGGGGACACAACCCUGCAGAAUUAUGAGGAUGUCCAGGUGGUGGUUCUCCAUAAGGAAGUUGGUGUGGGACUAGGCUUCACCAUGGCAGGAGGAGUGGACCAGAACAAACCUGUCAUUGUCCAUAAGGUGUUCCCGGCGGGGGUGGCGGCUGAGGAGGGAUCCAUCCAGGAGGGAGACAAGGUCCUGUCAAUCAAUGGCACAGCGCUGUGUGGCUCUUCCCACUGGGAGGUGCUGAGGACACUAAGAAGGGCGCGGACUCAGGGGAUGGGUGUGGUUGUCUUGAGGAGAGGUGGGGUAACAGACCCCUGUAAGGGAGGAACAGUGACAGACAGUCGGGGAGGGACACAGACAGAGCCUACUAACACAGGUCAGAGGGUGUGUGUGAGGCUGGAGAAGCGCAGCAGAGACCUGGGCUUCAGUCUGGAGGGAGGAGUGGGUUCCAGCCUGGGAGACAAACCCCUCACCGUACAGAAACUCUUCCUGGGUGGUCCAGUGAACCAGGUGUCUCCAGGGGACGAGGUGUUGGAGAUUGAGGGUGUGAGCUUGGUGGGCCUGAGGAGGCUGGAGGCCUGGACCUUGAUCAGAACACUGCCCCCUGGGCCUGUGGAUGUGGUACUACACCGUCCUCACAAACCACAGUGACAGGAAUGAACAUUGAUAUGCACCCUCAAUAUGCUUAUAACAAAGCACUGAAUAAUUGUACUCCUAUGAGGUUGAAGUGAGGGUUGCCAAUCUGAUUUUGGGUCGGUGGUUCAGGUCAACUUCUACCUCAAGUGAGAGGGACGAUAUCUAUCGCACCAGUCAUACGAUAUCAAAGCACUGAAGAGAUCAGUACACAUUGAGGAGAGGACCUGUAAAUAGGGUCAACCCGGGAUAUGAAGAGGGAGAGAGAGAUCAAUACAGAGGUCAUUUAUUUAAUUUUGUAGAAAUAUGUUGUAUGUUUCUUUAAUACCUAGUCUGCUCAUUGUUUUAUAUGAUGAAAUGUAAGGAGUUUUGUGUAUGGCUGUUGUAAUAUAUAUUGUGACUAGAAAGUUAAUAACCAUCCUCCCGUCUACUUGCUGUUAAUAAAUCCUACA